AUUUUGAAAUCAUCUUCAAAUAAAAAGUACAUGUUCGCGCUCAGCAACAAAACGCCAGUUCUCUACAAGUCAGUUACACCUCUCUCCUUGCUCAUGUGGAGGAAGAGAGCGCUUGCUUUCACCUCUCUGUGCAUCGGAGUUGCUGCUAUCUCCUAUUAUUGCCCGUAACUGCUGCCACCUAGUUCAUCUUUCUAACCAGCUAAUGUUGGCUUACCAUUUGCUGGCCAGUCCGUGUCGUUCUGCUGUGUCACUGCGUGGUGUCGGCAUCGCCCACAGGCUGCUGCAAACCGACAUGGCCUCUGGACAGAAAUCCCCCACUGCCGAAGAGCUGGCCAAAGUUGAGCUCAAAACGCUAGAGGAGCCAACCCGCGCCUUCCCUGCUGGCGAGCUUUGGGAGAAGACCGGUGCCGUCAUCAUGGUCAUCCGCAGAACCGGAUGAUCUUUGUGCCGCGAGGAGGCUGCUAGCCUGGCCUCGCUGAAGCCCACCUUCACUGAAGCUGGGGUUCCGUUGUACGGUAUUGUGCAUGAGCACAGACCCACCGACGUCAACGACUUCAACAAGCACUUCCAGAGUGAGAUUUUUCUCGAUUCCGAGAAAACAUUCUACAAUGGACGUUGGGGUAGCCUCACUAACAUGCUGAAGCCCAGCUUCUGGUCUCACUACCGUACUGCCUCUCGCACUUAUCCUGGCAACACUGCUGGAGAGGGGCGACUUCUUGGUGGCCUUCUGGUCCUGGGGCCUGGGGACAAGGGUAUCGUGUUUGAGUAUCGCGAGAAGGAGUUUGGAGACCAUGCACCCAGGCAAGAUAUCUUGGACGCCGUCAUGAAGAUAAAGGGUACUGGUGCGCCAGCCAGUGCAGAAGAGGCGACUCCUGCUCCCGAGGGUGCUGCCACUGCUGCAGCUGCAGCAUCACCAACAGCAGAGACCUAGGAUAUACUGUCUCACAACAGUGUACAUGGCGACACUGUGCUUGUUGGAGCUGCAGUCUUUCCCUACCUUCCGGCUUUUCGUGCACAUGCCCAGCGUGACUGCCUCUCAACUCAUCCCAUCACCAAUGGGAGUUGGGGGCAUGAUAUUAAGCGCUGUCACGUCUGGCCGCUGUUAGUGGUGAGGUCACUAGUUCUAACAGCAGUGCAGCCUUGUACAUAUGUGUGUCCAAAGGAAUAUUCUGUCGUUAUUAUUAUUCUGGCUGUGUUUACAUGGCGGCGUUGUCCUUGUUGGAGCUGCAGUCUUUCCCUACCUUCUGGCUUUUCGUGCACAUGCCCACAGUGACUGCCUCUCAACUCAUCCCAUCACCAAUGGAAGUUGGGGGCACGAUAUUUUAAAGCGCUGUCACGUCUGGCCGCUGCUAGUGGCAAGCCCGCAAGUUCUAACAGCAGUGUAGCCAUGUACAUGUGUAGAUCCAAGGGAAUAUUCUAUCACUAUUGUUAUUAUUCUGGCUGUGUUUUCAGCAAACCUGAUUGUAGUUAUUUUAUUUCUACUUUUUACCUAGACCUUAGAUCUUUCCUGGCCUCUUUGUUUGAGGUAUUGGUUGGCCUCUUGCUCCCCGCUAUUGAGUGCUUGUUGUUUACAUUGUCAACUUUUGUAAUUGUGCAUAUUUGCAUCAUUGUUGGUGAGCUUUUUGUGAGUGCCAAAGUGUUUUGUCGUCGGCUGCUAGCUAGCCUGGCAUUUCAUUUUGUUCUUCGUAUUUGCAGAAUGACACCAACUUUCCUGAAUAAUUGACAAUUUCAUUGCUCUGGCUUUUGUUAUUAAAAUUCACACUUGCAAAUUUCACUGCUGUUGUUCUUGGUGUUAUUUCUCAGAACUUAGGUUUUCUAUAACAGUUCAAUUUUGUAUUAGUGUCCCAAGUUGAA